UAGGUUAAGUUGUAUAAAAAAUCAAAUGGCUAAUUUGUUAUAUGUCUAUAAUAAUGUCUUGAUUAAAUAGGGUGGUAGGGCAGAGGGUACUUGAAUUAUUAAAAUUUCCCGGGUAACUAAAGGUUUAUCCAAUUAUGCAGUGAAAUUGCACAGGAUAAGGAUGCUGAUUAGGGUUAGGGAUUUGUCUGUCAAGCUCUUUUUCAUUGUAUAAAUCCACAGAAGCCCCAUUCUGUAUCAUUAGAAAGUGUUUUAUAAAAUACAGCAUUUUAGGUUCAUGAUCAUGGCAGCAUCAGUACACUAUGAAGGGAGCCUCAUAGGAUUACAGAACUAACUUGCUUGAACCUUUUCGGGAGCCAGUGUUUCUUAUCUGAGCACUUAGAUAUUUUAACAGAGUUGGAUGUCUGCUGCUCAGGAUUCCAGUGCUGAUUGUGACCCAGUAGUCACUGAGGUGUUUUUCCCUUGUUUGCUGUGGUGAGGCAGAUUUUAGAAUGUUGUUAGAUGGCAAGAUGUAUCUAUCUGAUAUGUGUAUAGUUAGGUAGUCACCUUUUUCCCUUUUGUUAAACAUUUAAAUUUUUUCAACCUUGUUGACACACAAGGAAUUGAGAUUAAAAUCUGAAUUUCAAACUGGCUAUUUUUUUUUCUCCAGUAGGAGGAAUUCAGGGAACUUCGAGAACAGCCAUGUGACCCUCAAGCUGAACAAGAACUUAUUAAUAGUAUUGAACAAGUAUAUUUUUCUGCUGACUCAUUUGAUAUUGUUAAAUAUGAGCUGGAGAAGCUUCCACCUGUUCUCAAUUUGCAAGAAUUAGAGGAGUACAGAGACAAAUUGAAACAACAGCAAGCUGCAGUCUCUAAAAAAGUAGCAGAUUUAAUCCUUGAAAAACAGCCUGCUUAUGUAAAGGAACUUGAAAGAGUUACCUCGUUACAGACAGGUCUUCAGUUAGCUGCUGUUAUCUGCACAAAUGGGAGAAGACACUUGAAUAUUGCAAAGGAAGGUUUUACUCAAGCUAGUUUAGGCCUUCUUGCAAAUCAGAGAAAACGUCAGUUGCUGAUUGGACUUCUGAAAUCUCUGAGAACUAUAAAAACAUUGCAAAGAACAGAUGUACGGUUAAGUGAAAUGCUAGAGGAGGAAGACUAUCCAGGAGCUAUUCAGUUGUGCCUGGAAUGUCAGAAAGCUGCCAGCACUUUUAAACAUUAUAGUUGUAUAAGUGAACUGAAUUCAAAGCUGCAAGAUACUUUAGAACAAAUUGAGGAACAGCUGGAUGUAGCUCUUUCCAAAAUCUGCAAGAAUUUUGAUAUUAACCAUUAUACAAAAGUUCAACAAGCUUAUCGACUUCUUGGAAAAACACAGACAGCAAUGGAUCAACUUCACAUGCACUUCACCCAAGCCAUCCACAAUACCGUGUUUCAAGUUGUUCUUGGUUACGUGGAACUAUGUGCUGGAAACACAGACACAAAAUUCCAAAAGCUGCAAUAUAAAGAUCUCUGUACACACGUUACACCAGACAGCUAUAUUCCGUGCCUUGCGGACUUGUGCAAAGCACUGUGGGAGGUUAUGCUCAGCUAUUACAGGACUAUGGAAUGGCAUGAAAAGCAUGACAAUGAGGAUACUGCUUCAACUUCUGAAGGAACUAGUAUGAUGGGUACUGAAGAAACUAAUUUUGAUCGUGGCUAUGUAAAAAAGAAGUUAGAGCAUGGACUUACACGAAUAUGGCAGGAUGUUCAGCUAAAAGUAAAAACCUAUUUACUUGGAACUGAUUUGUCUAUAUUUAAAUAUGAUGAUUUCAUCUUUGUUUUGGAUAUAAUAAGCAGGUUGAUGCAAGUUGGAGAAGAAUUUUGUGGUAGCAAGUCUGAAGUUUUGCAAGAGUCCAUUAGAAAACAAAGUGUCAAUUAUUUUAAGAACUACCACAGAACACGGCUCGAUGAACUGAGAAUGUUCUUAGAGAACGAGACUUGGGAACUUUGUCCAGUUAAGUCAAAUUUCAGCAUCUUGCAACUUCACGAAUUUAAAUUCAUGGAACAAUCUCGUUCCCCAUCCGUUUCACCUAGUAAGCAGCCAGUCUCAACUUCUUCAAAAACAGUGACCUUGUUCGAGCAGUAUUGUAGUGGUGGGAAUCCAUUUGAAAUUCAGGCCAACCACAAAGAUGAAGAAACGGAAGAUGUGUUGGCUUCUAAUGGGUAUGAAUCUGACGAACAAGAAAAGAGUGCCUAUCAGGAAUAUGACAGUGACAGUGAUGUUCCUGAGGAACUCAAACGAGAUUAUGUGGAUGAGCAGACAGGCGACGCUCCUGUGAAAAGUGUUUCUCGAGAAACCCUAAAAAGCAGGAAGAAAUCAGAUUACAGUCUAAAUAAAGUGAAUGCACCUAUUUUAACAAAUACAACACUGAAUGUAAUAAGACUUGUUGGGAAAUAUAUGCAGAUGAUGAACAUUCUUAAGCCAAUUGCCUUUGAUGUUAUCCAUUUCAUGUCUCAGCUAUUUGAUUACUACUUGUAUGCAAUAUAUACCUUUUUUGGUCGGAAUGAUUCAUUGGAAUCAACAGGACUUGGCCUUAGUAGUAGUAGACUAAGAACAACUCUAAAUAGAAUACAAGAAAGCCUUAUUGAUCUGGAGGUUUCAGCUGAUCCUACUGCCACACUCACAGCAGCAGAAGAGAGAAAGGAGAAGGUGCCGAGCCCACACCUCAGUCACCUAGUGGUUUUGACAUCUGGUGAUACAUUGUAUGGGUUAGCAGAAAGAGUGGUAGCCACGGAAUCCUUGGUAUUCUUGGCUGAACAGUUUGAGUUCCUUCAGCCACAUCUGGAUGCUGUGAUGCCUGCAGUUAAAAAGCCCUUUCUUCAGCAGUUUUAUUCUCAGACCGUUUCAACUGCCAGUGAACUACGCAAACCAAUUUACUGGAUUGUAGCUGGUAAAGCCAUUGAUUAUGAACAGAUGCUGCUCCUAAUGGCUAAUGUGAAAUGGGAUGUAAAAGAAAUUAUGUCACAGCACAACAUAUAUGUAGAUGCAUUGUUGAAGGAAUUUGAGCAGUUUAACAGGAGGCUAAAUGAAGUUUCUAAGAGAGUUCGGAUACCCUUGCCUGUAUCUAAUAUACUUUGGGAACAUUGUAUACGACUGGCUAAUAGAACUAUUGUGGAAGGAUAUGCCAAUGUCAAGAAGUGCAGUAAUGAGGGUCGUGCCUUGAUGCAAUUGGAUUUUCAACAGUUUUUAAUGAAACUUGAAAAACUAACAGAUAUUAGACCUAUUCCUGAUAAAGAAUUUGUGGAAACCUAUAUUAAAGCCUACUACCUAACGGAGAAUGACAUGGAACGCUGGAUCAAAGAGCACAGGGAAUAUUCAACGAAGCAGCUGACGAAUCUGGUGAAUGUUUGCCUGGGAUCCCAUAUUAAUAAGAAAGCAAGACAAAAACUUCUAGCAGCUAUAGAUGAUAUAGACAGACCUAAAAGAUAAAGAACAUAACUCUUUUUCCUCAGUGGCAUUGAUCUUCUCUCAACAUAUAUGAGGUGAAAGCCAAUUUUCUGUGCACUCCUGACAACUAUCUACUAAGAAGACUUUGUGCAUGUUCUUUUCAACUGGAAAGUGGAAAACAGCAAAGUGUGUAUGGUGUUCUCAAAUGACUUUUAUAUGCUCUGGUCUCUUCAACUGUUGGUCUCAUUUGUUGUAAUCCCUUCUUGAAAUAUUGCCUUGUCAUAACUAUGGUUAUAUGACUACAAUUAUACAUUUUACAGAAGAAUGUACCAUAAGUACAUAAUUAGAAGGAACUGGUGUAAUAUAUCUAUGGGCAGUUUUUGGAGAAUGAGUUUAUGUUGGCAUUUUUCUACCCUCUGAACUUGGUUCCUAAUAAGCAUAUUAUGAGAGGGUUAAUGUAUAGUAUCUCCUAAUUAUGAGCACUGCAUGAGACUUAAAAAGUAUAUGUAGGUAAAAUAGUUGAAAAAUCAGUAUGUUCUCUGUGUUUUUAAAUGUGAAGGUUUAUGUCAGGUUAAUUUAAUUAUAACAAAGUGAUCAUAAAUGAUAAAAUUUAAUAAAUAUACUGUAAUAUGAUCAGCCUAUGUGAGAUUGUAUUUUGAUAUUUUUGCAUGUGAGGCAGUGGUCAUGAAACUGUAAUGUAAUUUUUUUGGCAUGUUCUGAUUUUAAUUAUUUUAUAUCCUUAAACCAAUGGUAAAAAGUAAUUUCAUUGAGUAUACCUUUUUAGUACCUGAGUAGCAUACACAAUGGUGAUUUUGUUUUUUCUUUCUUUCUAAAAAUAUAGGGUCAUAUAUUCACCUUUCUUAAAUAUCUGCUUUGUAACACACCUGUAAAAUAGUCUGAAUCCAGCCAAUAAUGUGCUUUGGAACCCAGUUAAUUAGUCUUCAGUAACUAUGUGUAUUGCUCCUCUAAACUUUGCCCUGAAGCCAGAGAUCUCCUCCCAAUAUAUGUGACAUGAAAAUCCAUUUCCCAUGUACUCCUUCCAGUGGUCUAGUAAGGAAUUUUGUGUGUCUUCUUUCCGACUGGAGCAUGGAAGACAUCUAAGCCAGUGUGGUAUUGGUCCAGUGAUUACUGUGUAUGACCUAUAACAUCAACAGCUACGGAAUCCUGAGAAGUCUCAUGAGAAACUCGUGUUCUGUGCAUCUUCCGGGAGUCGAGGUGCUGAAGUGGAGGGCACAGGGUUGCAUGUGCUCAGACAUGGCGGUAAAGGAAAAUGACUGCCACUGUCCGCCAGUCCCUGUGGAUGUCCAUAACUAGCACAGUCUAAUGGGAAGCACUUUUGAAAUAUGUCUGUGUGUGGCUGUUUUUGUGAGUGUCUGGAUGAGUUUUUCAGCCUCUCCCUUCACAGUUUGUUUACUGCCAAAUUACAACUUUCCUGUUUUAAAAAGAUAUGAAUCUGGUGCCAUGAUGUUCUGCUUGUGGUACUAGAUUGUGUACCUGUAAAGUCAGUUCUCCCUGUAGCCAUUGUCUACAUGCAGCCACUUAAAGAAAACAAACAUGAGAUAAGCUUGGUCCUUUAAUGGCAUAUUCAACUGGGCACACAAAGAGCUAAUCAGUCUUAUUUAAUUCUCAGUUGAUGAGGAACUACUUAUUUUUUCCUUUUUACACGGAUUUUAUAAUUGGUUUCCUUUAAUUUCUACUUUAGUUGGCUCUGGAAAUAUAAAGAGCUAUUACCUGCCUGGUAGAGCCCGGUGUUUUUCAGUGUCGUAGGAAUUGAUACAAAAGCAUUGUCUUUUAGAGACUCAACCAUGCAGGCUGACAGAUCUUUUAACCUACCCUACUUUUUCUCCAUCUUCAAAAUGAAAAUGGCAAAUCUUUUCAAUACUUUUUGAAAAAGAUUUUUGUUUUUGUUUUGCAUUAAAAGGUAGCUUAAUAAGUGCUAGCAGUCGAAACAGUAACAGGAGAUUUGAAUCAUUAAAUUACCUAAUAACAAAAGAGUUACUAGACAUUUCUCAAAUACAUUAUGCAGUAAUGUUGAAUUAUAACCAUAUAACAUUUUGUGAAGCAAAUUUUAAGAUAAAUAGAAUUGAAAAGCUGAGAAUGUAAAUGAAAUUAUACAUGUUCCAAAAACUUCUGUAGUUACCAAAAACUUCUUUUUGAGCCUAAAUUUUUCUUAACUUUGAUAUUUUAUAUGAAAAUCUCUUGUAGAAUUCAAGAUUUUAAGUUGAUAUGAGAGCAUGGUAAAUUAGUAUCCCCUGAGAAAGAAUGAUUAUAUUUACAAAUACAUUUUCUUGCAUUAAAAAAAUGCUAGGGUGAUAUAUAGUAAUUCAAAUGAACUAGUUUGCUUCUAUUUAUAAAAACCUACAGAGAUUUGUAAGUUUACUUUAACUAAUAAAUUCAUUUACACAACUUACAAAAUUGAAUUUCUCUAGAAACCAGGACCAUAUGGCAUUAUAUCAUAUCUUUAGACAGAAUUCCCUUUGAAAAUUUCUAUUUAGCUGAGUGAUGAAACUUAAAUAGCCUUUUUUUUACUCACUGAAAAAUAGUAAAAAGCUUAUAAUUCAAUUCACUUUGAAAGCAUCGUUAUCUUUUGUAAUAAAAAAAUCAGACCUAAAGAUGAAUACAGGUUGUGCUCAAAACAAAUAGAAGUGGUACAGGGAGGAUGGUGGUGAAUAUAUAUAUAUAUAUAUGUACACACACAUAUAUAUAUUUGUGAUACAGUAAUUUGUGAUACAGACUAAGUGGUUAACAAAAUGAUAUUUAGCUUUUGACGAUGAUUAAUGACAAGAGGAUUAUUAAUACUCUGGUGUAAUUUUUGUAAAUGUUAAGACUGGUGCAGCUUUCUACAGAUUUUUUUUCUUACCAUGGAAAAUAUUUGCUCAAUUCCUGUCAACCAGAAAUUUUUAAAGGCCAUCAAAAAUUUAAACUGCACAACUCUCACAAGGACAAAACUGUCAGAUUUACAUAAGAGAAUUCUUAACUGGUUUAAAAUGAAUGGUGGAAAAUAGUUCAUUAGCUCUGAUAUACAUUUCUUGAUUGACACAUCCCUGUGUGGAUAUUGCUAAGUAUGCCUGGAUAAUUUUUUUCAAUUUGAAAACAAAACCACAACAAAGUAUUCUCUUCCACUUAGAAGGAUCCCUCUGGGAUUUUGGUACUUUAUUGAUAUGAUUAACAAAGAACAUUUUUUUGGUUUGUUUUUGAUAAAUAACUAUUUUUAUAAGUUAAUUUAGAGGUCAUUUUUUAACCUCAAGACCAAGAAGACUCUUGGCCCUGCUGAGAAUUUCCGAAUUUGUUCUUUAAAUAGUUUUUCACACUGAGCGGAGCCUUUCCAUCCAGGAAAGGGAUUUUCUUGAUCCACAAUUUUUAUUUUACUCUGUUUCUUCCCAAUCCCUAGUCUCUUCAUUCUGUCUAACAAUAUCCAAAAGGAUUUUUGUUUCAAAGAAAAGACAUUUCCACAUUGUGGGCAUUUUUAUUCAACAAAUAGCAAGCAUGCUAAUCUUUGCCUUAAAGGGAAGGGACCUUGUUGUCAGUGUUUCUUCCAUCUUGACAGAGCUCAAUCCUAGAGCCUACCUUACACCAUCAGGUAACCACUGGGCGACCAUUUAUGCUGGCUACCUGCCAUCUACCUUACCUUACCUUCUUUUAUCCCUACUUCCUAAUCACAAUUCUGCUUUUAAGAGCCCAACCAAAAUGCUGUCCUUACCAUGGAUAUCCCUCUCAGGGGUAGGUGCUAUGGAGAAAAAUCCCUAGGUACUGGCGGUGGUCACAGUGGUAGUACCACUUUAACAAGGGAGGCAGCAGAGGCCUCACUUGGGAGAAAGUGAGGAGGCCCAGUGUGCAGGUGUCUGGGGAAGAGUGUUGCAGGCUGGGGGAAUGGAAAGUGCAAAGGCCUUAGGGUAGAGGCUGCUCAGAGACAGCAGGGAGGCCAGUGUAGGUGGCACAGUAGGUGGGGGAGAGAACAGAAAGGAUAUGGCAGGAAGGGACACCCAGAGUGAGGGCCUAUGAACCAUUAAAAAGACUUCAGAUUUCAGUUUCAGAUGGGAAGCAUUUGGAGGGCUGUGAGCAGAGUGACAACCCGAUUUGUGACUUAGGAUUUACCAAAAUCACUCGGAAUUUGAGAUAAGGCCAUCGGGACAACGACCAGUGCAAGGAGACACGGUAGGAAGCUAAUACAAUCAACCAUGAGAACAAUGAUGAUGGUGGGUAGGAUUGUAGUAGAUUGGUGGACAUGGUGAGAGGAGGUUGGAUUCUGGACAGAUUUUGAAGGUAGAGAUAAGAUGACUUCUUGCUUGAUGUUUGAGAAAAGAGGAAUUAGGAUGAUUUACAACUUUCACCUGAGGAAGUAGAAAUCUUUGGGAAGAGAAGGUUUGUGAGGAAGAUCAAGAAAACAUUUUUGGACAGGGGAGUUGGAGAUGCUUUAAGAUACACAGUGGGAGAGUAGACGAGGCACACAUAGUCUGGGGUUCCGAGAAGAGGUCAGGGCUGUAGAUGUAAAUGUAGGGUCAUCAGAAGAUAACGACACAAGCUUCCUUUGGGAGGCAGAGAACUCACAAGCCUGGGACAGCAAAUAAAACAGAAACGCUGCCCCUUGUCAUUGCCACUGUGAGAGGUGAGACAGGACCAGGGUGCUGUGCUGGAGAGAGUUUUCUAGAGCAAAUAAGAACAACUCAGGGCCUUUGGAUGUUGCAGCUCCUUAGACUGGGCCCAGGAAGCCAUCGCUCCUGCAAGAAGCUCAUCAUCCAGGCAACUGAGUGAGUCCAGGGCCUUGCUGCCUGGAGUGUCUCUCCUGUGGCAGGCACUGGCUGGGUGCUGAGAAUGCCCUAGUGGACAGGACAGAUAGCACCUGCCCUCAGGGAGCUGAAAUCUAGCAGAAUCAACAGAUGCAUGACAAACAUUGCAUUAUAUUUUGGGAAGUAUUUCAAAGGAAAAGUACUGGGUAGAGGCCAGGAAAGACUCCCCUGAGGAAGAAACAUUCAAGAAGAGACAGAAUAGGAGUUAGGUGAGGGGCUGGGG